AUGAACUCCACCAAGGUCGUCAACGUUAUUAUCGCCAUUUUCUUGCCGCCAGUCGCCGUCUUCCUCGCGCGCGGCUGGGGGGUCGAGUGCAUAGUCGACCUCCUCCUGACUAUCUUUUUCUUCUUCCCGGGCAUGCUGUACGCGCUCUACAUCGUGCUCACCAGCUGA